AUGCCAGUGCAUCUCCCUGUCCUGACAGAAAGCGCCCGACAAGUUCUCCAAUAUCCACCUGCUCCUGCGGAUCCCCCGUCACCUUCCGAUGUCUCCAAAGCGUGUUCUCUGUCCUAUACAGCUCUCAAAUAUGCCUCCGAAUCUGAGUAUGCGGUCACUUCCAAUGAUGUGUGUAAUACGGCGACGUACGCCGUGCAGACCAUUGCGGCGAGAGUCGGUUUCCCGCAAAUGAAUGUCGAAGAAGCUGUGGUUGCUGCCGUGCAAGCUGCUAUGCAACCUCUCCAUCAGCAGCUGAAUGAGAUCGGUCUGCAGUUCAAUCAGCGGCUCAAUGAGGUGGAACAGCAGCUCAAUCAGCGGCUCAAUGCGAUGGAUCAGCAGCUUAAUCAGCGGCUCAAUGCGAUGGAUCAGCAGCUCAAUGGGAUGGAUCAACGACUCAAUGGGCGGCUCAAUGAGCUCCAGGGUGAGCUACGACGUAACAGGCGUGUCACGGCCCUGAUGUGGAAUCGCAACGAACCACACACGGCAGUUGCACAUUACGAAGUUGUCCCAUUUCCUGGCGGGGAUGACCCCACGGAGGCCCCUGUAAGUUCACGUCCCAUGCUUAAACUUGUCAGCUCACUCGCUAUCUGGUACUCCAGCAUAAUCUGCCUGCUCUGGACUCGCAGGAUGCGGUACGGCAACUAA